ACGUUUUCAGCUGCAUAAAUUGGAAUAACUUAAUUGAUUUAGACAAGGGCUUUGAAGAUUUAUAACAAAUGUUGACAGAGGUUCUUUGCUUCUUUAUUGGGUCUCAUCAACUAUAUCAACACUUCUUUCUAUCAGACUGCUUUUCUCUGUGUGCUGGUCUUUCAGUCAUCCAACUUCACAGCCAUAGGUAUGGAAUGGUGUUCCUGAGCAGUGACACAUCUGAGCUCCCUCCCUGGAUGGUGCUUUGCAACUCCUGCUGCUAAAACUGCCGCCACUCCCGGGAAGUGUUUUGCAAACAGAGCUGGAGUCAGAAGGAGGGAAACGAAGAGGUUUUUAGUGGAAUUUUACCUGGUGACACACAGAACAGAAUCGUGUUGCCUCUCUGCAUAACAGAACACAUGUAUAAACUUUUGGGAUCCUUUCAGGCACCAGCUUUUAUGGAAAUACCCUUCCCGUGAUCUGACCUUGAAUGUUGGGCUCAGGCUGGCAAAAGCUGAUGUUCUGCACCCACAUCCGGACAACUUUACAGCCUGGUUGUUUGGAACCUGUCAGCAUGGAAGAUCAUGGGAUCACUCACAGUGAGGGAGAGCAGCACACAUCUCCUCCACCAUUUCUGGGAGAGGAAGAAGAAGAAGGUGCAGCUGCUCAGUUCUGUGAUGUGGAAGGACCCUGGGAAGAAUACGAGCUGGAAGAAAAGUUGGUUGGUGGUGGCAAGAUGGGAACCAAGGACACCUCUGGAGAUGAUGGAGACCAGUCUGAUUCCAGCACGGGAAGCUUGGAGCAGCGUUUGGGGGACCUUAACAAUGCUCAGGCUCUGCAGUCUGAGAAGAGAGUUCACAUAGCAGCCAUCCAGAGGAACAUAAAACUGCUUGAUGACAUGGCCAAUGAAAAGGAACUGGUGGUCCAGAAAACCAGACAAAAGCUGGAUGCCUAUCGACUGCUGAUCAAGAUGCUGGCAAAGCAGCUGGAUCGGGUAGACAUGGAAAUAGAGAGAGAGGAGGAGGCUGGCAAUGUCGCAGCCCUGUCCCGCCUGCGGGCCAUGAGGGCCCGCCUGUGCUCUCAGCUGCAGAGGGAGAAGGAGCUGGAGCUGAUCACUGAUCUGAAACUAAACCAAAGCACAAAAGAGGAGAAAGCCCAGAAAGAACAUGAAGAAAGAAGGAAAAGAAUACUUGAGGAUGCCAAAAGGAACCAUGAGAAAGCAGCCUGCUUCCUGAAGCAAAGCACAGCAAGAAUUCAUGACAAAAUUGCAAAGGAAGAAGAGAAAACUCAGGAGCAUAUGGAGAGAAGGAUACAAGCUGUGCUUUCCCUGAAAACCAGCAUCACUUCCAACAGGGAAAAGCUCCAAACUCUCCAGGUUCUGAACAAAGCAAAGGCCUUGGAGGCAAAGAAGGAGGAGAUGAAAAUGAGGGAAGCCAUCCUAGCAGAAGGAGGCAAUGUUGUCAAGGAAAUGUUCCUCCAUAAACGACAGCUAAAGCUCGACAAAGAGGAACAAGCUUUCAGAGAACUGCAGAAAUCAAGAAAAAUUGAGAUUGUGUCUCGAAUUCUGAAAGAAAAGGCUGCUGAUGACAAGCAGAGGGAAGGUCAGUCCCGCGUUAGGGUGAGGAAGGCUCGGGGUGAAGCUGAGGAGCCUUCAGUGCCCAGAAAGGAAGCCUGGCCAGGCAGUGAGGACACCUGCACACGUGCAGAUGGAGCCACAGCACAGAAGUCCUGGCUCUCUCCAGCACCUCCUUCCUUGGCUGCUGAGGGAGCUGCUCCUGGGGCAGGGAGUCCUGAGGACACACCCCAGGAUGUGCUCUGGGAGAGUGGGGAUGAUGAGGAAGAGAAGGAAAAGACCCUCUUAGAACCAGAGUUCCCAGGACUUUGGGGCAAGGAAUACGACUUGCACAAGACACCCAAAGAAGAGGUGGAUCCAACACAGCUGGCUAUCAGGGCACUGAAAAAAGAGAUGGCUGAGAAAAAAAUGGAGGAAUUCCAACCGGGGAGUUUCACCAAGCAAAUAGUGCCUGGUGGUGAACACAAGGGCUGUGCUUUCCACAGCAAGCCCAGCUGCAUUCAUUUCAAGGAUUUUGAUGUUGGUCAAACCUACAAAAAGAAGGUAAUCUUGACCAAUGCCUCCUACAGUGUUAAUUACUGCAGGCUGGUGGGGAUCAGUGAAUGCCUCAAGGACUUCAUCAGUGUUCAUUUUGACCCACCUGGCAAAAUGUCUUCUGGAAUGUCCUGUGAAUUCAUGGUAACCUUUAAGCCAAUGAUAAAUGAAAGCCUGGAAGGAGAGGUCCAGUUUGUGGCACAGACAGGUUCUUUUUCUGUCCCACUGAAAUGCACCGUCAAGAACUGUGUUCUGGCUCUGGAUAAAGAGCUCAUUGACUUCGGCAGCCACGUGGUGGGAGAGACAAUUUCACGGACCAUCAGCCUGACAAACAGCGGAGCUCUGGGAACCAGAUUCAGAGUUCAGACGUCAGCAGGUGACAGGAGCACACCCAGAGCAGCAGUGAAACCUGCCCCUGGGAGGAUGGUGCCUGGCCGUGGCAGUGACCCCGAGGAGCACGGGAGCAGCAGUGCAGAGCACAGGGAGGAGGUGACCCCCAGUGCAGCCCAGGAGCCACAGGGACCCCGCAGCAGCAGUGCCACCACAGAACAACUUGAUCAAGAAGUGUUGAGUAUCAGAUCAGAUCUGGGCCCAGGCAACGCACAUGAUUCAGUGGAACUUUCUCCUGAGGAAACACCAGCUGAAAUUAUGCUUGGAAAGGUCACGGAGGGGGAGAUUGGACCCUUCAGCUCGGUGAAAGUCCCGCUGCUGUUUGUCCCAGCUGUCCCUGGGGACGUGAGGGCAGACUUUGUGAUCGUGUUUGACAACCCAGACUGCAAACCACUGUGCUUCAGCGCCGUGGGGGUGUCUGUGGACGUGCCCAUCUGGGUGCCCACCCCCAGCGUGGAUCUGAGGAUCUGCCUGUACGAGCGGCUGUACCAGGACUGCGUGACCCUGCGGAGCAGAGCGACCACCACGCUGCGGUUCAAGUUCGAGGUGUGCAAAGAGGUGAGCAAGCACCUGGAGCUGCUGCCCAAGACAGGCUACAUCCAGCCCCAGUCAGCCUUCAGUGCUCAGCUCAAGUUCCUGCCCAGGCAGUCUCUUCCUGAAGAUGCAGGGAAAUACUUCAAUGCAGAGACAAGAAUCCUGGAGGUGCCAGUGACAGUGGUGAUCGUGGACAAGGCUAGAACAGCCAGUUUCACUGUCCAUGCCAUCGUCUCUACAUCUGAUCUGGAACUCAGUCCCGCAGCAAUCGACUUCGGGCACUGCACCAUCUACGAAGCCGUGCGGGCAAGCGUCACGCUCACCAACAAAUGCCUCCUGCCCCAGGAGUUUGGAUUUGUGGGGCUGCCAGAGUUUGUUGAAGUUCAACCCAACGAUGGAUUUGGAAUUAUUCUUCCCCUGGAAAGCCUGACAUUGGACGUAAUCUUUAAAGCUGCCAAGGCCAAAGAGUACAGCUUUGAGCUCACCUGCACCACAGAGAUUAACAGACAAUUCAAGCUGUCAUGCAAAGCAGUUGGAGUCCACCCACCUCUUGAAUUGUCUCAUUCCUUGGUUCAGUUUGCUGCAACAGCUCUGAACUCUGUGUCUGAAGCCACUCUGGACGUGCUCAACCCCCACGUGAGUGGGAACAGCCUCAUCCACGCUGUCCCUCGCAUCGGCUCCGGGGAACCUGCCCCAGUGGGACCCACUUCCUUUGAAUUCCACGUGCCAGAGGAUUGUCCCGUGACAAUUACACCUUCUGUGGGAACUGUGCUGCCUGGGCAGAGAAGCUCCAUCCGCGUGUCCUUCCACCCCGCGCUGCCGGCUCGGCUCGUCAGGGAGGAGGCAGCUCGAGCAGCUGUGCCAGAGGCAGGAAUUCAAAUUCCCAGUGGUGACCCUGAGUGUCUGAUGGACAAAGGGAAGAAAAAUGACAAGAGAGAGGGAAAGAAACUGAGCAUUUCCAUUCCCAAAGAGCCUGAGAAGGAUGGAAGCAGGGAAAACCUGACUGCUGCAAGGAGCUCUGGAGAGCCAAAACCUGAAGAGUUAAAGCCUGAUUCUGAUGCUUACAGGGCAGCCCAGGCCUCCCUGAUGAGGAGUUUCCCUGGGAGUUUUAAGAAAUACAUCAUUCCCUGCUUUGUUGCAAGUGGGCAGGCUGCUGGAGAGGAGGGCUCUGGACACCUGAGCUGCAGCCCUUACAACACGCUGUACCUGGAGCUGCACUGCCCAGCUGUGGCCCCUCCUGUCGUGGUCACUGGUGACAGCGGGGACAACGUCGUGGCCUUUGGUGACGUGGCCGUAGGCCACAGGACGAUGAAGCGAAUUCCCCUGCAGAACAUCUCCCCAGGGAAGGUGGGGCUGGGAUUCUCAACUCUGAACCCCAAUGGCCCCUUCCUGUUGGUGAGGGCAGUUGGGAUGCUUGAGCCAGGUGAAAGUAAAGCCCUGGUCAUCUCUUUUUGUCCAGAUGAGGAUAAAUGGUUCUUUGAGACCCUGGACAUCAGGAUGGCCAGUUCCACCCUCAGCCUGCACCUGUCUGGGCACGGGGUGGUGCCAGGCACUGUGUGCUCCGUGGCAGGAGUGCUGGACAUGGGGUAUGUCAUGGCCAGGGAGCAGGUGACCUCCACAGUCCAGGUACAGAACACUUCCAGCCUGACCCUGCCCUUCUCCACACAACUGGAGUCGCUGUCACCCACCCGGGACAGAGACCGGCAGAGCAUCCCAGCCUUUCUCAGCCCCUCUGUGCAGAGAGCAGAGCUUGUUGGAACACAGAACUACAGUGGUUUAAGUGUGUUCAGCGUCUCUCCAACAGAGGGGGAGAUUGAGGCCGGGAAGAGCCAGGAGUUCAUCAUCACCUUCAGCCCUGACCACGAGAGUCUGUACUACUCUGACUGCCUCAGGGUCCUGCUCUUCGGCAAGCAAACAGCCCACGAGAUCCCCCUGAGGGGAGCGGCGCGGGAACACCCCAUGUUUGUGGAGGGGGGAGUUCCCCUGGAUGUGCCCGUGGAGUCCUUGGCUGUAACACCCUCUGUGGCAUCCCAGGAGGCACUGAGAGCAGAGCCAGAGGAGCCGGUGAGGUCCCUGCUGCUGCUGCUGGAAUACGUGGAUGGAGGGGGCCCUGCAGAGCCAGCCCGGGCAGAGCUGAGGGUGGGGGCCAUGGACACCCCCCUGCUGCCAGCCAAGAAGGCCGUGGAGUUCAGCCUGGAGUCGCUGGCGGAGCUGGAGCGGGCGGGGAUCGCUGUGGAGGAGCCGCGGGGAGCGCUGGACCGCGGGCAGGAGCGGAGCGUCCGCGUGUCGUGGGCGCCACCUGCAGACCUGCAGGUCAGUGACCCUCCCCUGGUGACAGCCCUGCUGACCCUAAAGGGUGACAUCACGGAGUGUUACCGAGUCCUGCUGAUGGCACGAGUCGUGUCUGCCUCUGCUCCCGCCCCGUGAGGGCUCCCAGCCAGCAGAGAGGAGGAUGGAGCUGAUACUGCUGGGAAUUCACUGAUCUCUGGGAGACAUGGGGACAUUUGGGGAUUGCUGGAAUACACGAGGGGAGCAGGGAGGAAGGGACAUGUCAUAUUUCUGCUCUGUUUCCCCAGAAGUUCUCUGUAAACUCUGGUGCCACCGUUGUCAUUUCCCAGCUGACUCUGGGACAAUAACCCUGUGGUAGAAGAAGGAAUUAAUGAGGGGCCCAAGAAGCUACACCUGCUGUUAAUCCCAGUGUCUCCACAGGUGGGCAUUCCACCAGCAGUGUUUGCUUUACAUCCACAUGGGCGAGUUUAAACAAGGUCUCUUUUUUCCAAUUGCAGAUGCUUUUUAUAGGAUUUGGAAAAUCCUUGACUUUUUUAAGAGCAGAGUAAAAGUUCAUAUCCAA